UGUCCUGGUCGACGACACCGUAUCCUAUCCGCUCUUGUUAAUCCUUGGCUGGUCCGUUUUCUUCUUCUUUCGACGCGUACUUUGCCUUCUGUUUCCUUCUAUUCUUUCCAAUGGCUCCCUCCUCCAAGAAGACUCAAGCUCAGAACCGCGUUGCUGCGAACUACAUCGCAUAUGGCCCUCGAGGCCUCCCCCCAGCACUGCAAAACCUCGAUCCCGAGCAACGCCUGAGGCUAGCCAAAUCCAGCCAGAAAAUUGGCAAGGUGCUCGGUGAAAUGCCAGUCGUUGAUGUCCUACCAGCUUCUCCAGGAGCCGAAAGCCUCGUCUCCACGGUGAGGGGCUUCGACACGCGACCACUCAACGUUCAGAAGAAGGGCAAGAAGGCAAAGAAGAAUGCCCCUCCUCCCGCUCCGGUCAUGCGUUAUAGGCUCCCUGCAACUCGUCCGUGGGAGAUCCUUGUGGAGGAUGCGAUAGAGACCAGCCUGGCACCGCCGAGGCCGAUACCCGCCGCUCUCAAUCUUUCGUCUCCCUCGAGGAUCAUCGACAAUCCCCGUAUGUCCGUCUUUCAUAACGGCUGUCGGAAAACACCUCUUACGCCCGAGUAUCUGAGCCCGUUGACCCCGCUCUCCCCGCUUUCCCCCAUCAAAACCCCAGACAUCCAUGAGCACCGGAUGCAGACCCUCCGCCGGCUCGCGCGCAUGUCCCGUGCCUUCCGCGACACCAUCUACGAGGAGCUCGUCAUGCCCUCCGUCGGUAUCGUAGCCGCUCCAGAUGUCCAGGAUGUCAACACGUACCUCGACCUCUACCGCAAGUCAAUAUGUCCCCCACGUCGUUCGCAGAUGCUCGCGGCCGGCCGGCGCCGCAGUCGCUCCGUCGGCGACACGCAGCGACGCAGCGUCCUUUCCGUGUCCGUCUACAGCGCCAGCACGACGCGCACCAGCUUCCUCCUCCCGCAGUCCGCGGUCCCCGCGCGCCUCAGCCGCGUCUCAUACGUGCUCGCGAUCGGCUCGCCCGCGCUCUCUCCCUCCCUGUCCGCGUCCGCGGCACUCGACGACUCGCCCCUGCAGCAGCAGCAGUCCGUCGCGCAGGCGAUGGCGGUCAUCCUCGGGGCGGACGCGCAGGUCAUGGAGUCCUUCCGGCGCGGGUUCGCAAUGCGCUCGUUCCGGCGGGACACGCGCCGCCGCUCGGGCGCGCCGCCGGGCACCCCGCUUAUGUCGCCCUUUGCGGCGAUGAAGUCGCCGAAGGUGCCGUAUUGGGUGCGGAGCGGGUAUAGGGCGCGCGACAGUGCGCAUGCGGCGGGAAGGAGGAGGCGUGCGGGGGCGUCGCGCCCGCCGCCGACGCCGCGCACGAUGCGGAAGGAGCGUAGGCAGGGGUGGGGAGGCACGUGGGACGUGGGGAAGAUGGGCGCGGCGGUAGAGAAGCUCAAGGAGGCUGAUGUGAAGGCGAGAGCAGAGGAGGAACCCGUUACAGCCCCUGAGAUGCCCGUCGAUAAGACCACUCGCGAUGCUGAGGACGCUCUUCUUGAGGCUCUCGGUGACAUGGAGCGGGAGCAGCCUCUGGAGGAGGCGGCUCUCGCAGAUAUCACGGAGGCUGAGGAGGAGUCGCUGCUUGCCUAUCUUCAGGAGGACGCGAAGGACGUUAGCCCUUACGCGGGCAUUGAAGAGGACGCUUAUGCUAUCUAG